AUGUUGAUUGCAGGUGAAAUAGACAGGUGUUUAAAAAAGGUCACGGAAGGGGUGGAGACGUUUGAGGACAUCUGGCAAAAGGUACACAAUGCGACGAACAGUAAUCAGAAAGAAAAGUAUGAGGCGGAUCUCAAAAAAGAGAUUAAAAAGCUUCAGAGGCUACGAGAUCAGAUUAAGUCAUGGAUCGCCUCGGGCGAAAUUAAGGAUAAGAGUACACUUUUAGAAUAUAGGAAACUAAUAGAAACGCAAAUGGAAAGGUUCAAAGUUGUGGAACGGGAAACAAAAACGAAAGCAUACUCUAAAGAAGGCCUCGGUGCAGCUCAAAAGUUGGACCCAGCGCAGAAGGAAAGAGAGGAAAUGUCAUCGUGGCUAAUAUCAUCAAUAGAUGCACUCAAUUUACAGAUUGAUCUUUUUGAGUCUGAAGUUGAGUCACUGUUAGUCGGUAAGAAGAAACGUCUGGACAAGGAGAAACAGGAUCGUAUGGAGGAACUCAAGCUCAAGUUGGAAAGGCACAGGUUCCACAUAAAGAAACUAGAAACAUUACUCCGAAUGCUAGACAACAUGUCCGUAGAAGUGGAACAGAUAAAAAGAAUAAGAGAAGAUGUUGAGUACUACAUAGUAUCAUCGUUAGAGCCAGGCUACGAAGAGAAUGACUACAUCUACGAGGACAUUAACGGACUGGACGAGAUCGAGCUCAGUGGAGUGGGGCUGCCCUCGUCAGCUACAACGGAUAGCAAUAAUAGUAACGAUUCACCGGGAUCACCCACCAGUAUACUGUCAGGAACGAGUCCCGUGACAUCACCUUCGUUAGACACACACAACCACACGACGGACUCCAUAGACGUUGACAAAAAGAAAAAAGAAGAUAUUACAACUAAACCUAUCAAGCCGCUGCCGCUGCGUGCGGUGACGUGCGUUAGUCCGGCUAACGUUAGUUCCUUGCUCAAUAACUCCGCCGCAUCCAAUAGCAGUAUAAACAAUUCUGUGACGUCAGUGACUUCGUUGUCGGGGUCGUCAACGCCCAGUAAGCCGGCGCCGCCGUCCCCGCACCCCACACAGACCCUGCCGCCAGCGCCGCACCCCCCACAGACCCUGCAGCCAGCGACGCACCCCGCGCCCCACACACCCGCCUACCCAGUAGCCAGGGUACCCGAGGUAUUGGAGAAUGGUCCCGUGUCGAGCGCCGUAUUGUCUCAGCUGCCGACGCACCCGGUGCUCGUACACUCUUCACACCCAGUGUCGCACCCCACGUCGCACCCUACAUCGCACCCCGUGUCUCACCCUGUGUCGCACCCUGUGUCACACCCCGUGUCGCACCCUGCGCCGGCGCCAGCGCCUGUACCUCUGCCAAAUUUUGAAGAAAUAAUUGGAUUUGCUAUGAAAACGUCAAAGAGUUCAUCUGUAACGACGUUGUCGUCGUCGACGGCGGUGGUCAACUCGUUGUCUCACAACGCGUCCGGAGCCCCUUCCCCCGCACCGCCGGCGCCCUCGGCCUCCGCCCCCGUCCCCGCGACUGCGCCCCCGCCGGCCGCCGCGCUCAACGGACCCACGCUGGCUGUUGCACAGGAACACACGCAGUAUGUUAACAAUGUGAGGGCGCUGUCUCCGCCAGCUGUGAGCGGCAACACGACCGUGAACAGCGCGGACAGCGGCGUCACGGGCACCGCCUCUCUCAAGAGCAUGGCGCAGGAGGCCGUGCAGAGGGCGGGCCUCGACCACCACCACACGCAGGCGACGGGUACAGUCGGCUCGCUGUCAAGCGGCGCGGGCGGCAGGCGAGGCACAUCACUCUCACAGGCGCUAAUACCACCCAUACUGGGAGUGGCGCCGCUAGGACCACUGCCACUUAAUAAUGACCACCAAGUACAGUUUCAGAUGAUGGAAGCUGCGUUCUACCACAUGCCGCAUCCGUCAGACUCGGAACGGACCCGGGUUUACUUGCCCAGGAAUAUAUGUCAGACGCCCUUAUAUUACAACCAGGUGUUACUACCGCACUCGGAUUCAGUAGAGUUCUUCCAGCGGUUGUCUACGGAGACGCUGUUCUUCGUGUUCUACUACAUGGAGGGGACUAAGGCUCAGUACCUGGCGGCCAAGGCGCUCAAGAAGCAGAGCUGGCGGUUCCACACCAAGUACAUGAUGUGGUUCCAGAGACACGAGGAACCUAAAGUUAUCAAUGAGGAAUACGAACAGGGCACAUACAUUUACUUCGACUACGAGAAGUGGGGCCAGCGGAAAAAGGAAGGCUUCACGUUCGAGUACAAGUACUUAGAAGACCGCGACCUGAACUGA